AAACUCUUUGAGUUGACUUUGUAAAAAAAUGCCCAAUACUGGCAAAAUUAGAGGCAAGAAACGCAAAUUAUUAGAAGAGGAUUGUUCUAACAAACCUCUCAAUUUAAGGUCAAAGCAUGUGUGCAAUUCAAGCUUAAAGGAUUCAAUGAGCUAUGGUGAUAAUAACACAGAUGGUUUGAAUACUGAUGCAUUAAAUGAAGACACCAAUAGUGAAGGAAAUGUUAAUGCACAUGAGAAAUGUGAACAAGAAAUCUCAGAUCCACGUAUGAUAGAUAAAAAUGAAAAUACACUGUCUUCAUAUGAACCUCUAACACAAGGAACUCAAACAUUUUCCAAGACUGUUAUAUUGAAAAACAAUGAUGAAAAGUUGGCAAUAAACAAUUCAACAACCAUAGUGAUACACAAUGUAAUUAAUGACAUGCUGAGUGCUGAUGAGAUAACAAAUUGUAUUGAACGUAUAGCAAAUAUUGGUGACAACAAAAUGAAUGACUUAGAUCAGCUCAAAGUUAAUCUUUCUACUGAGUGCAAAGAUGACAAAGUAAAAGUGACUAAAGAUUUUUGCCAGCAAAGUGCCAAUGUUUUAUUGGUCAAGGAGUUUCUACCUUUAAUCUCUGCAGUAACAACCAUAUCAGAGGAUAAUGGCAAUAAGCUUUGUCCAUUAGAAAAUUUGGAAAACGUAACUGAAAAUGUUAUAGAUGCAACAAAAGUAAACAUUACAACUGACAUAAAGACUACACCAGAAAUAUUUCAUGCAUCAAAUGUCUAUGAUCUAAAUUUGACUUUCACUAGUGGCAUCUCACAGCAAAUACAUGAUGAAACAAUAAGUUCAAUAGUACAUCCUGAUAAUGAUAUCAAUCAAACACUGCAUCUAGAUUUAAUCAAAGAGAAUAUGUCUAAAGAAGAUGCAAUUUCUGAAGUGAAUUCAGAUUGUUGUCACACAUUAGAUAGUUUGGUUCAAAAUCCAGUUCACUCUAAUAAUCCCACAUGUGAUACAGUUCACAUUGCUAAUGAAUCAACUAAAGAGAUGAAUGUAUCAUCACAAUGUAUUGAAGGUAUUGACAAUAACAGAUCUGUAGAUGAUGGACAUUCUAAUAAAAUAUAUGAACAUGUCCAAACAUCAGAGCUGCUAACUUAUGCAUCCUCAUCUAAAGAUAAUCAAAACAACAAUGCAUAUGCUGCAAUAUCUGAUCAACAUCUAAUUGAACUAGUUCAACUGAGUAACAGAUCUAUGAAUGAUAAAUACAAUAAGAAACAGCUUUGUGAUGAAACUAUACCUAAUAAUGAUUUGAAUCACUUGAACAAAAAUGAAUCCACCUACAGCCACGAUAAUACAUCAUGCUGUCAACAAACAACUGAUGUACAAGUUGUAACAGAUAGCAUAACAGAUGCAGGUGAUGCUUUAAUAGCCCGCUGCCCCUAUGCUACAGAAAAAAUCCAAACAAAUACCUGUCCACCUCAUGAUAUAACAAAUACCAUGGAACCUGUCUAUCCCAAAACACCAAACACACAAGCUACUCUUAGUUCCUGUACAGUUUUGGAAGAUGCACACAAACCUAACACUAAUUCAGAGGUUGAACAAAGAACCUCGACAAUAGAUGAUCUGCAUAACUUUCAGUGUUCUUUACCUAACUCUGACUCUCAAAUUGAACAAACUUUUACAGAGCACUCAAAACAUUGUAACUCUGACAUUUUAACAAGUCCAACUCCUGAAAUUCAAAGUUUGAACUGGCCUAAUGUUAAUGAUCUAAAUCAAAAAACAUCUCAGCAGAACUGCAAUACUGACAGAACAAAAGUCAAGUCAGGAGAUUACUGUACACCUGUAGCAUGUGUACAGCCACCAAAGCAAAUCUUCCCAGCUUCCAAUGAAAGUAUUAAAUCUGGCUUGUCAGACUCACAGAUGUGUCAAAUGCCCACACAAAACUUUAUUGACACCUUUGAAAUAGACACUCCUGGAGCAGAUGACAUCGAGGUCAGUGAAUUUGAACACUCUUUUUCUAAUGCUCAGAGACAUACAAGGGAAGUUAUUGCUAAGAAAAGAAGCGAAGGUAAUAGGUUUGUAAGCAGUAUACUAGCCCAGCUAAAUGAAAUGAAUCAACAAAUGUUGGUCUUAAAAAGAAAAAUAGCAAUAGUGAAACGUGAGUUAAUUGGCAACCAACAGAAUCAACAAACUUCUCAAUUUUUUUCAAAGACUAAUAGUAACUUUUCUUUUUUUAAAUAGUCUUAUGUGCAGUUACAUGUAUUCUUUGUUCCAAUUUUUUUGAUUUUUUUCAGUUGUUUAUUAUCAAUAUUUUCUGCAAGAAUUGAGAUGUAUUGGUUUAAUAAACACUUUCACAAAA